UUGGACGUUAUUUUAAAAAUUCUUUUUUUCAUCCUAGAAAACUCCCAAAUCAAUCUAAAUGUAUUGUUAAGUGGUUUAUAUUACAGGAAAGAAAGAGCGAAAGAUCGAGGAGGCGAUAAUCAAUUCAUCAGCAUGUCUACCCCAACAUCUGAUGUUAUGAAAGCUCCAGAAUUAAAACCUCAAAUAAAAAUUGGGCAUUAUGUUCUUAAAGACACGCUUGGAGUCGGUACAUUUGGCAAAGUUAAAGUUGGGAUUCAUGAAGCAACGGGAUACAAAGUGGCUGUGAAGAUUUUGAAUCGUCAGAAAAUCAAGACAUUGGAUGUAGUAGGAAAGAUUAGAAGAGAAAUUCAAAAUCUUUCAUUAUUUCGACAUCCGCACAUAAUUCGGCUUUAUCAAGUGAUCAGCACUCCAACUGAUAUUUUCAUGAUAAUGGAAUAUGUUUCUGGUGGUGAACUUUUUGAUUACAUUGUUAAACAUGGUCGCCUGAAGACUCCUGAGGCUCGUCGAUUCUUUCAACAAAUCAUAUCUGGUGUGGAUUACUGCCAUAGGCAUAUGGUCGUUCACAGAGAUUUGAAACCUGAAAAUCUUUUAUUGGAUGAGCAUAAUAACGUGAAAAUAGCCGAUUUCGGCUUGUCAAACAUCAUGACCGAUGGCGAUUUUCUUAGGACUAGUUGCGGCUCGCCGAACUAUGCCGCUCCUGAAGUGAUCAGUGGCAAGCUUUACGCCGGUCCUGAAGUUGACGUUUGGUCUUGUGGUGUCAUACUUUACGCGUUACUUUGUGGAACAUUGCCAUUCGACGACGAGCACGUCCCAACACUUUUCAGAAAAAUCAAAUCUGCGAAAUUGACAAUUGAAGAGUUUUACCAAGUUGCGCCUAAUAAAUUGCAUAAUUCGGAUCAACAUCGGCAUCCUGAACGAAUAGCUGCAGCAGUAAGCAACAAAAUCACUUCCACCUUGGAGAAUGCUGCGGGAGGUGACGCAUCGUUCAAUAAUGUGGCCCCAAUACAGUCUGUUGGGUAUAAAUGUGGUGUGAAACGAGCGAAAUGGCAUCUUGGAAUCAGAUCCCAAAGCCGACCAGAAGAUAUAAUGUAUGAAGUUUUUCGAGCAAUGAAAAGUCUGGACAUGGAAUGGAAGGUGCUCAAUCCUUACCAUGUUAUUGCUCGGAAGAAGCCUGACAAUCCUAUUGCUGAUCCGCCAAAAAUGUCGUUGCAACUUUAUCAGGUGGACCAGAGAAGUUACUUAUUGGACUUCAAAAGCCUAGUGGAUGAUGAAAAUUCACGUAAGUUUUCUCAGGGCUAUCUCAAUCAAAGCUCGGGAGCAGCGGGGAGCGCAUGUUCUUCCCGUCAUGCAUCUAUGUCAAUGCCAUCAAAACCUGCUGGAAUGCGAGCACGUCAUGCUGUAUCAAUGGACGUGGACCCGUCACCUCCACCAUCUCCAUCGGGCGCAAAAUUGUCACAGACGAUGCAAUUUUUUGAAAUGUGUGCUUCUCUUAUUGGAACUCUUGCACGAUGA